AUGGCAAACCCUUCGGCAGCCUCUGCACCACAGGAGCACUCGAGUGACCUAUGCGACAGAUGCAGAGAACUAAAAAUUAUUAAUCUACUACUCGAUGGCGAUGUAAGAGAUGAGCUGCCACCUAAGCGUGGGCGCGAAAUGGACAUCACCGGAGCGCCGAAUCUUGGGCAAUUCCGGAGCCUUGGCCCAUUCGGCAACAUCGCCUUCGACGACUCUUGUGCCUUAUGUCGACUCAUCAAGGCCAUCUUCCCGCCCAAAGAUGAAGUCGAGUCAGCAGAUACCGAAUACUACUUACGACCAAUGCGCAUGUACAACCGUCUAGGCUUUGGACUCGCCCUUGGUGAUGUCGAGGAAGACGUGAAGAAGCAGUAUGCGACUUGUAUUUCCAUCGCGACAAAGGAUCAGCUGGCACAAGGAGUGUGCAGACAUCUAGGCGAGCCACAGGACACUGCAUUAGUAGAAACAGGAUACUCGUUCGCGCUGACGGGUAACUCCAAAACAUCUCAACCUGGUCUCCCUGCUCGCGCUAGAGGUGUGACGAUUGACCCAGACGUCGUCACCACUUGGCUACGUCGAUGUGAACUGGAGCAUCAUGACUGUCAAGCAACUUGGUCGGAUGAGCUGCUGACGACAAGAAUGAUUGACGUCGAGUCUUGCACUGUUGUUGACACUCCGCCCCGUUGUCGCUACACAGCCUUGAGCUAUGUCUGGGGGAAUGUCGUUCCUGAAGAAGGCGCAUUAGAGAAAGGAACACUGCCACCUACGAUUCAAGACGCCAUUCUUGCUACCAAGAGCCUCGGAAUUCGAUAUCUAUGGGUUGAUGCCGUCUGCAUCGACCAGCGACCCUCACCACAGAAGCUGCAACAGCUGAAAAUCAUGGACUUGAUCUACAAUGGCGCCUAUGCCACCAUUAUCGCCCUCGAUGGAGAUAGUUCAAAUGCAGGGCUGCGAGGUGUGUCCCAACGGAGUCCAAGACAGCCUCAGUGCUGCGAAUGGGUUGAUGGUCACGAGCUGGCUGUUGUGUAUCCUCCAGUGGCCAAGGAGAUCCAGGAGGCGACCUGUAAGCACUCAACACGCGCUUGGACGCUGCAAGAAUUGGUGUUGAGUCGUCGAAGAAUCUUCUUUGGUAAAACCCAGGUGCACUACAUCUGCGGCACCAUGAGCUGCGAAGAGAGCAUCAACGACACCGUAGAUCCAGCUCGGGUAUUGGACCGGGAGAUGGAGAGCAACAAUAUUGCUGAGUUUGAGGAUGUGCUUAAACUGCAAAAGCUAUCCUCCUUGCAGCCUCCCAGUGAUGAUCUGCGCAGAAAAGCGACAGAUGACUAUUACACGCAACUCCUGAGCCUUUACACGACGCGAUUCAUGACCAACGAUAGCGACUCUCUCAACGCGUGUUUGGGUUUACUUAACUUCUUGCAACGGUCUCUUGUCCCUGGCGGGUUCGUCUGGGGAUUACCGCUGAAAGAGCUCCCCCAGUCCCUGCGGUGGUAUCAUAUGCGGUGGGUGAAGCCUCGCAGACGAAAUGAUUUCCCGUCAUGGUCUUUUGUCGGUUGGGAAGGCGAAGUCGGCUUCACAGACGCACUCAUCCUAAAAGGACGCACUGGCCAUCGGUGCGACGAGGAGGUGGAUAUGGGAGUCGAAUUUGUUGGGAUACGUGGCAUGGUUCUCACUUUGAAGGGUUUCUGUGUCGAGUUGGAGAUUCGAAACGAGCCUUUCAAUACCGCGUAUAUCCCUGGCACAGAUUUGCUGAUGGGCACGCUGCAAGAGGGCAAUGUGUUGCACAAGUUCACAUUACCGGAGGGGAUAUUCGAAUUUGUGGUUAUCGAGCGGUUAAAGUAUAAGAAAACGGGGGGAGAAAAGGAGCGACACAUGCUGUUCCUUGUCAUGUUGGAAGAGUUGGCGGAUGGGAGUCGUGCUCGAAGGUCGAUGGUGCGGCUAUAUGUUGAUUUGGACUUUAUGGAAUGUGGCGCAUAUACCGACGUCAUUCAGAGGCGUGAGAAUAUCGAGAUAACAUAG